AUGGCUACUGAUAGACUGACGGAGAGUUCCCUGAGGCAGCAUCAUAUACUACAUCCUGUGCUGCAGUCGGUCAGUGUGAGGUCAAAUUCCCAAAGCAAGGAAGACCACGACAGCAACAAAAGUCUGUCGCGUGUUUUAAGUCGCAGCGACCUUCGGAAAUCUUUCCCUCUAGGUUCGCAAGAUUCGGUUCACCAGCUACACAGACAGUUCUCCAAAUCUUCCCUGGGCACUACACUUCCCCGAUCUGGGCUGUCCUUUUUUCGGGUCAUCCAGGCUGCGAGAACAUGGAAACGGCUGUCAUUGCGAAAAGAAGGCGUUGUCGAGAAACCAAAAUGUAUGUUUGAAAACACGUACCAACUCGGCCCGGAUCCGGAACAAAUCUUUAAACCAGAAAAAGUGGAAGAAGCGAUACAUGAAACAUUGGGCCUAUUUUUGAAACAUUUUAAGUACACACCUGAAGGUUCCAAAAGGAUGUGCCUUAAUAUUUCGUCCGAGCUGAAGUCUAGGGUCAAAGGAAUGAACUUCAAUCGUUACAAGAUAGUCACUCAGGUUGUUAUUCUGCAGAACAGAAAGCAGGGUUCAAAUAUUUCCAGCCGAUGUGUCUGGACUCCGGAAACUGAUUCCUUUGCCUCGUGUACAUUUAAGACUGAGCAUAUUAUUUGUGUAGCAAAUGUGUACGCUGUUUACUUUGAGUAA